AUGUCACCGCAUUUCCAAAGUUCAUCCUCAGAUGAGGAAGUGCCAGUCCUGAUUGUUGGAGGAGGGCCAUCAGGUCUACUUUUGGCUUUUUUGCUCGCUAGACUGAACGUCCGAUCGUUGGUCGUUGAGCGAUACCCAACCAGGCUGGCAGCUCCCAAGACACAUGCGCUGUCGCCCAGAUCUCUCGAAUUCUGCCGCCAAGCGGGGUUGGACGUGAAUGAGAUUCGCAAAAUCGGUAGCCCUCGUCAAGAUGCUUUCUGGGUCAACUUUGUUACAAGUUUGGCUGGUAAGCAAGUUGGUCGUUUGCCCUACGAGCGCAUGGACCAGGAGGUUCUUAACGACACUCCAACUAUGAUUCACAAUAUUCCUCAGCCUGCGUUUGAGGAUUUUAUCGCCAAAAGAUUGUCGAAAAUCAAUCUCGUUGAAAUUCGUAAGAAUCACUCAUUCGUGAGCCUAGAGCAGGGAGAUGGAUUCGUCUUGACCAGAAUCGAAGAUCGCGCCUCUCAGAAAGAAUACAGCAUUAAGUCCCGACAUGUUGUUGGGUGUGAUGGCGCCAGAAGCGCUGUUCGAAAGCAUCUUGGCAUAGAAAGUGAUGGAGAAGAGACUUGUGAAACCAUGAUGACAAUCCAUUUGAAUGCCGACUUGAAUCCUGUGAUCAAGGAACGAGUGGGCAUGCUGCACUGGGUCAUGGACCCGUUGGUCUCUGGAUUUAUUAUUGGAUAUGAUCUGUCUGGGAACCAAGUGCUGAUUUGCAACUUUGACCCUGAGAAAUGCCCUGUGGAGUCCUGGGACGAAAAGCACUGUCGCGAGAUCGUUGAUGCGGCCAUUGGAAUCAAAGUGCCCUAUGACAUCCUCAGCUACCGGCCAUGGGUUCUUAGCCGAAAAGUAGCUCACUCAUACCGCAUGGGCCAAGUCUUCCUUGCUGGCGAUGCUGCUCAUUCAUUUCCUCCUACCGGCGGCCUUGGCCUGAACUCUGGCCUAGGCGAUGUUCAUAAUCUGGCAUACAAGCUCGCUGCAGUCCACCAUGGUUGGGGUGGUGAUAGUCUCCUCGAUACCUAUGAAUCCGAUCGCCGACAAGUGGCUCUAGUCAACUCCGACCAGAGCGUCAAAAAUGGUAAACAGAUCUUUGGUCUCCUAAAGGCACUAGGCACGACUGAUCCCGACGUGAGCAUCGCCCGACAAAACCUUUACCACAAUAUUCAAGAUCCAGAAGCCAUGGUCGAGAUCAACAAAGGAAUCGAAGGUCAACGGGAACAUUUCGAUAACCUUGGACUGCACAUUGGAUACGUGUAUGGCGAUAAAGAGAUCCCUCCCAACGUGUCUGUCUUCCAUCCUUCGUGUGUGCCCGGGGCCCGACUUCCACAUGCAUGGAUCAAGGUUACUCCAGGACAGCUGGAACUCCCUGCGAUAGACAACAGCUAUGUGCACGAAUUUACAAAAGACGAAAUCUCCGCGAAGCAGUACUCGACUCUGGAUUUGUGCCGCCUCGAUAAAUUCACUUUGAUUGUUGACGAAAGCAAUGCGUCUCAUUUCAAGUCGAUGGUGGCUGAAGCAUUUGCGUCUUUGCCCGAAGACAUUCAAAGGGUCUUGCCUCUGCAGGUGGUUGUAUUAGGUAUUGAUUUUGAUUUACAGGCGGGGCCAGAGAAUCAAAGCUGGAUAAAUUUGAUGGGAGUAAAGGAGCAGGGUAUCCUCAUUCGCCCAGAUCAACACAUCUUGUCUUGUAUUUCAAGACAGGCUGGAUCAGGCGAUUUGGUGCAGGCUCUGAAGGAGCAUCUUGAGUGGAACUAG